AUGGUCGCGGUAGAUUCCAGCGCUGUCAUUUAUGAUGCAGCGUUGAAGCAUCGUCAACGACUCAUGGGGGCAUCUGGCCCUAGAGCGUUGGUGAAGAACUUCAAGGUUUUCUCCAUUGCCGCUUUUGCUUGUAUCGGCGGCGUCCUGUAUGGUUACAACCAGGGCAUGUUCUCAGGCGUGCUGGCCAUGCCCGCAUUCAAGGCUCACAUGGGCGAGUACGAUCCGUUCGAUGACAACGCCAGUCAGACCAAGAAGGGUUGGCUUACGGCGAUUUUGGAACUGGGAGCUUGGAUUGGUACGCUUUUGUCUGGUUUCAUCGCCGAAGCCCUGUCACGAAAGUACGGUGUCCUGGUCGCCGUGUCGGUCUUCAUGCUCGGAGUGGUUAUCCAGGCCACUGCCAUCAGUGCCGGCCCCAACGUUAUCCUCGCGGGUAGAUUCAUUACAGGAAUGGGCGUCGGUAGUCUAGCCAUGAUCGUGCCCAUCUACAACUCGGAAGUCGCGCCGCCCGAAGUCCGAGGUGCACUCGUCGGUCUGCAGCAGCUCGCGAUUACAUUUGGCAUCAUGAUCUCGUUCUGGAUUGAUUACGGAACUAACUUCAUCGGGGGCACGAGCCUCGGCGAGCAGACCGACGCGGCCUGGCUCGUGCCCAUCUGUCUUCAACUCUUUCCCGCCAUCAUUCUGCUUGUCGGCAUGAUCUUCAUGCCCUUUUCGCCACGAUGGCUCGUCCACCACGGACGCGAAGCAGAGGCCCGGAAGAACUUGGCGGAUCUCCGAGGUCUCCCGCAAGACCACGAGUUGGUGGAACUAGAGUUCCUCGAGAUCAAGGCCCAGUCUCUCUUCGAGAAGAGGUCGGUGGCUGAGCACUUCCCUCAUCUCCGCGAGCAGACGGCCUGGAAUGUCUUCAAGCUGCAAUUCGUCGCCAUUGGCUCGUUGUUCAAGACUAAGGCCAUGUUCCGGCGUGUCGUCGUCGCUAGUGUCACCAUGUUCUUCCAACAGUGGACCGGUAUUAACGCUGUGCUUUACUACGCUCCCUCGAUCUUCAAGCAGCUGGGUUUAGACGAUAACAAGACCGGCCUAUUGGCCACUGGAGUCGUCGGCAUCGUCAUGUUCGUCUUCACCAUUCCCGCCGUGCUCUGGAUCGACCGCGUGGGCCGCAAGCCCAUCUUGACGAUUGGCGCCAUUGGCAUGGCGUCUUGCCAUUUUGUGAUUGCUGUCAUCGUCGCCAAGAACGCUACACAGUGGGCCACGCAGGCAGCUGCUGGCUGGGCGGCGGUCGUUAUGGUUUGGCUCUUCGUCAUUCACUUCGGAUAUUCUUGGGGUCCAUGUGCGUGGAUUAUCGUUGCUGAAAUUUGGCCUCUGAGCUCUCGACCUUAUGGAGUGUCUAUUGGUGCCUCAAGUAAUUGGAUGAACAACUUCAUCGUCGGCCAAGUCACCCCCGACAUGCUCCAAAGCAUUGGCUACGGUACCUACGUUCUCUUCGGCAUCCUAACUACCAUAGGUGCGGGAUUUAUCUGGUUUUUCGUCCCGGAGACGAAACGGCUAACGCUCGAAGAAAUGGAUAUCAUCUUCGGAUCAGAGGGCACCGCUCAAGCCGACUUCGAGCGCAUGGAGGAGAUCAACCUCGAGAUCGGACUGACAGCUAUGCUACGCGACAUGAACGGCGGCAGCAGCCACCCUGAUGUGGGCGACGAGAAGCAGGCUGCCCAGACGGAGAAGAUUGGGGAACACACUGAGACUGUCUCUGCUGAGCGUUGA